UUUUUCAUGUUGACAAAAAAGUAGCUGCUAUGAUUUUCCCGGCAACGUGGACAGGGGCCAAGCGAAGCUGAACUGGACAUGGUCCUUCGUCCAGUUUUUCUUUGUCGUCGGCGACUUUGCCCCCGGCCCUUCCUGGUGGGCCUGGGGGUGGCGAUCUGUCUCUUCUUCCACACGCUCCCGCUCAGAGGUCCUGGGAGGCUCCCCGCCACAGCCCCUGCGGCUGUCCCCACCUCGCCCACCCAAGCCGGCAGAUGCAAGCAAGGGCACCCCCUGGACCGGCAGUGCUUCCUUCUCUCCGACAGCGCCCAGGAAAACAGGAAGAUCCAAGAGGCUAUUGAAGCACAUUUUGGCAGUCGUGGCAGGAGGGCCAUGCUCUACAGGCCUCCAUCCUACAACCAACGGGAGCUACAGGUCUACCAGCACAUCCUCACCCAGCGUGGCUACACAGCCGUCUCUGCUGAAGCCAGGGUCUCUGCCGGCCUGGGGCUCGGGCUGCUCCACCAAGGUGAUUUGGGCUCUAUGGAUCUGCUCAUUUGCCUGUCCUCUAGGAAAGCCGACGGGCAGCCCUGCUUAUCCGAGGAAGACAUGUGCCAGCUAGGCCCUCAUCAGAAGGUAAAUGUAAUGCCAGAGAUACAGUACCAUCUUUGCAGAAAGAAAGGAUUAUGUCAAAUAAUGAGAAGAUUUCCAGAAUUGCGACUGCCUGUGAGUCCUUCUGUGUGCCUGGAUCCGGAAGUACAAUCCCAGCCAAAUACUUCAAGUCAUCUUUUAAAACCAGGGAAGCUGCACACAUGGAAAGCGUGGCAAUGGAGACCUGAGCUGCUGAAUCAAACAACAGCCCUUGCUUCACACGAAACAAUCUUCAGAGCUGAAGAUCUCUCCGUGAUUCUGAAAGCAUACGUGUUAGUGACAUCCUUAACCCCUUUGCGCGCAUUCAUUCAUUCAACGGGUACAGUUUGGAAUCCGCCAAAGAAAAAGCGCUUCACUGUCAAGCUGCAAACAUUUUUUGAGACAUUCCUGAGGGCCAGCUCCCCUCUUCAGGCUUUGGACAACAUGAAGGAAGCAAUUAGCAAACUGCUCCUGGUGGCUGAUGUAUUCAGUGACACUUCCACUGUGGGACCAAAGACCAACAGAUGCAGAUCAUGCUUUCAACUUGUAACUUUUGAUAUUGGCUAUAGCAGAUUCAGGCACCCUGUUGUGCUCCAGGUACACGACUAUUUACAUGUUCAAGACCAUGCUAGUGUGGACUUUGAGGACCAAAAUAUGGAAGAAACUCUUUUAAGAGACACUUUCGAUUUUCUCUUCUCCAACGAAUCUUCACUUUCUGUGUUUCCUGAGAUAUUUCAAAAGCUUUACAGAUCAGGUGUAUUUAAGGGUGAAAACUCUCAAAAUAAGCGAAAUCAAUGCUUGCCUUUAGAGGAAAUUAACUCAAUUAUGACUUUCAUAGAGGAACUUGGGAGUCUGGGACAAUUCCAGCUGCUCUUCCCAUCUACUGCUCCUGGGAUUCAGUCUGUGGUGCAUGAAGUUUAUGUUAUGGCAAGUCCUCUGGGGAGACCUGGCUCGCUUUUGAACCAAUGCUUGUCUCUCUUAAAUGUAUUUGAACCACUUCAGCUCAUGAAUAAAAAGGCACUGCUACACCCACUGGAACGGAAUCAUUUUACAGAGAAUGAGAGCGUUGGAAAACCGCAAGUGCCUUUGGAUGCAAUUGAAAAUAAAAAAGUGCCACAGAUUCUGAAUGCAGAUACAGAAACACGUUGCAAUCAUGAUAAAGAAACACUAUGUCACAUCCAACAGAUCUUCACGCACCCACAUUUGGAACUAAAUCCUGAAUUUAACCCCAAGAUCAAAGAUUAUUACUCAGAAGUUCCAUUUGAUGUGGUAACUGUGACGAUUGGAGCAGAGACUUCUAAUUGUCAGUGCAAGGUGCACCUGCAUGAGCGGACAGGGCCGAGCUUUGCCAAGUAUCCUCUGGGCUUAGGAAUGAAUAAAAUCUCCAUGCUUGUGGUGGAUGACUCUGCAGCACAGGGAGAGACCCUGAUCACAUACAAACUCACCAUCUAUAGAGAAGACCGCCCAAGUCUGCCCUUGUUUGAGGACUUCACGGCAUGCGGUUUCAUGCAGGAUUGUGGUUUGCUGAUUCAUCCAGAGGAAACCUGUGGGUUACAGCCCAUUUCUUCUGACUACAUUGAAGCCAUUUCACAGCCUGAACUAAAGAGUUGUCCAUCUGGGGACACAAAAGGCCAGUGGAUUGUGCCGUGCCUUAGUUGUUCUGACAACAGGACCUGUGAUUGGAGAGAAAUCACUUGGCAGCCCCACAACUGCCGACAUGGUAUCCUCCUGAAGUCCCAGCUGCAGCAGUGCCUCCGAGGAAGGAAGAUUCUUUUCAUUGGCGAUUCAACCAAUAGAGGCAUCAUGUACUAUCUGAUUGAAAGAGUGAAUGAAACAUUGCAGGAGUGGCAGAAAGUGCACAGCACUAAAUUGUAUCACAACGUCAAUGGUGGGGAGACCUUCAUCAGUUAUUCUUACUACCCUCAGUUCUGGAUAAGCCCUUCCUUGAGACCGACAUUUGAAAAAGCGCUUGAACAUCUCUUACAAAGAUCACGUCCCCUGGAGAAUACGGGCCAGACUGUACUGGUUGUUGGUGGUGUUCAGUGGCUCAAUUCCAAUCACCUGCAAAUUAUUCACAAGGUUUUGAAGAGGGAAAAUUUACUUAAUAUCCUAGUGAUCAUCAAAACUCUGGGAAUUGGAUUUCAUCUGCCCGUGGAUGGAGUGCAUUUCUUAACACUGGGUGAAGUACAGAACCUCUGGAAGGAAAAUUUGAUUAUUCUGGACGCUGCAAAAAAAUACGGCUAUGAGGUUGUUGAUACGUUCACUAUAACAAUGGGACGAUAUAAAGAGUUUCUGCAGGGAAACUGUGGGUGUCAUUUCCACGAGGUAGUGAAAUCAAAAUUAUCCAAAGAAUAUAACUUUCUUCAAACGAAGAGAUCGAGAAAUCACAUUGUGGGAAAAUAUUUUAGCAAUCAAAGAAAACUGCAACAAGACUCCAUAACCAAUUUUCAAUCACCAUAUCAUGUCCGAGGCCCCAUAAACCAGGUUUGUUCUGAAAUUCUUCUCAGCAGAAUGUGUGGAAGUACAAGGAGAACGUAGGUGUCCUCCUGCAGAGCUGAGCUGGAGUUGGAAAUAAGCCAGGCACCUGGAUGUUGGCCUACAAACCCACACUAGGCUUCACAUGGAAGUUGGACUGGCCAAUACACCUGCUCACACCAGCACGUACAUGCACACCCAGCUAAAAAGAAGUCCUAUUUUCCACCAUCAUAUUCUAGUCAAGAUCUGAACCUGAAUAUCAGUUGGCUUUAGGGUGAAAGACAGACCUAGAAGAUUGCUUGAAAUGUAAAAGUGUACCAUAAUCACGAUAGCCCAUGUAUUACAUUGUGAUCAUAGAGAGAAAUGUGGACUUCUGAAUUCUGUAGCGGAGAGGGCAAUGCGCUCCGUGCCGUGUUAUCUUCUGGAAAGGUCAGGAUCGAGAAGCACGCACUUAAACAUUCCACCUGAGCAGGACAGUUGCACUUGCGUUCUCGUUGACGACACAGGCUGUGUGAGUCUCACGCUGAUGAGAACCACUUCCUCUUACACUUUGAAAACAGUAUGACUGAAAGGAAUCGAACAGCAGUUCCCUGCAAGGAAACUGGAAGUGAGUGUCUGAAGGGGAUGGGAAGUGAAAUAUUUUAUAGUUCAGAUAACCACGGUUUCAGUUCACCCUGCUGUGUCUUUCGUAACAUUCCCUUCUGUCUUGUCUGUGGACUUUGAUGGAUUACUGCAGUCUGAAUUGAUUAUAUAUUUUGAGAAACAGGAACAAGAUAGAGUUCCUCAUUUAUUAUUUUAUUAGCUUUCACUGAAAAUAGAACUUAAGAAAAAUUUCAUUUGCUAUUGCCACCCAAGUAAUUUAAGAUUACACUAUUUUAUGUAUUUUCUACAUUGUGCAUUAAUAAAUGCGCUCCUAAAGCAUUUGUGUAUUUCCACAAUAGCGCUGUGCUGCUAUAUUUUAAUGGCCCUAAGCAAUUGUAUCUAAUCCAAAUUUACAAUAGGCAUAAAAUUAUUUUUUAUGGAAAUGGUGGCAUACAUAUAAAACAAGAUGCAAUCUUAGGUUCUUUCUCUUCUAUCUUCACAGCUUCAAGUAGUAAAUUUCUUUGUAUACAAACAUCUUGUGGUGAGAUAGCAAUACAGGGUCAUGGUGGCUUGUAAAGGAUUAUUUUUCCUUUUGGAAAAAGAUACUGAGAUUUCUAACUCAAUCCAUGGCUGGAAUUACUAAACAUACAAAUACCUCUGGUUCAUUACUAUGCCAAAAAGCCUGUGUUGACUGAUCAGUGCCCUCGUGUUAAUAUCCACUGCUUUUAAAUGUUCUAUUUUUAUACAUAUUUUAUAUGAAGAUCAAUGAGAAUUUAUAUUUUAAGUGUCUUAAAUUAUAUUUAAAUGAAAAUAUCACUCUUCUAAACAAUAUAUCUAUAUGCAGAUGACAAGUUUACAGACUUUUUUUGGAAUGGUACAGAAUUAACUUUCAAAUGAAGGACUUUUCCUAUCCGCAGCUACCUGCAAACAUCGUUUUUAGGUUAUCAGCAGUGAUUUCAAUUGACAGAACAAGUCACUGCAGCCUGCAGCCUGUUUGAAGGUGUUGAGUGCCCCACAACAGUAUUACCCACUCUGUGUGUUUCUUGACGAUGAGCUCGGACUGAGCUUCCUCCGGCAGUUACCUCUUUACUAUUGAAAUAGCCAUGGAGUUUAGAAACAAUUGUAAUAGCAUUGAAUAAAUGUCUUAGUGG